UCUUCGUCACAGCUAGUCGAUGAACUGGCUCCUCCUAACUCCUCCGCUUGGCCGUCCCGCGGACCCCGCCUUCUGUACUCCCCGCACAGACCCAGCCAAAUGUCUCCAAGCGCUCCGCCGCCACUGGACGCCUCCUAGUCCCGGUUGGAAGACCGCGCGGUUUCCAGCGCGGGACUCCAGCGGGGAGUCAGAGACUCCACUCCCUCCCUGCCUCCAGCUCGCACGCGCCUGCCCUGCGGGUGCACCAUCCGUCCUCUCCCCAACCCCCCGUGCGUGCUCCCUUAGGGACUCGCAGCGCCUGGGCGAGGGUGACGCGUCCCGCCUGGUCCGUAGCUCGCGGGCGCUGGUCUUUUUUUUUGCACGGCCGGGACGCACCACUCCCAGGCUAGACCCGGACGGCGCGGGGGAGCAAGCGGAGGUUCCUCUUUGAGCGUGCGGACUCCCCGCCCGCUGGAAGCGAGUCGGUGUUAGCCACCUCGGAGCACGCUCGGAUGCUGGAACGACGCAGUCACUGGACACGCUGCGGGAGCCCAGGGACAAGGCGGCCCAGGGCGAGGGCUGGGGCCGGAAGGGGGCUCAGGAUUUUGGUCCCACCCCUUUUCCCUUCGGGUCUCGGAGCGCUCGGGCUCUCAGACCCUCCUGUGCCCAGGUGUAGGCCAGGAGAGGAGGGAGCACUUCUUCGCCGCGCACUCCACCGCCAUGGGCAAUGUCUCCAAUGACUCCGGGGCGGAGGACUGCGAGACGCGACAGUGGCUCCCCUCCGGCGAGAGCCCGGCCAUCAGCGCGGUGAUGUUCUCGGCCGGGGUGCUGGGAAACCUCAUCGCGCUGGCGCUGCUGGCGCGCCGCUGGCGAGCGGACGUUGGGCGCAACGCGGGCCGCAGGAACUCGCUCUCCUUGUUCCACGUGCUGGUAACUGAACUUGUGUUCACCGACCUGCUCGGGACCUGCUUCAUCAGCCCGGUGGUGCUGGUUUCCUACGCGCGCAAUCAGACCCUGGUGGCUCUGGCACCCCACAGCCGCGUGUGCACCUACUUCGCCUUCGCCAUGACUUUCUUCAGUUUGGCCACGAUGCUCAUGCUUUUCGCCAUGGCUCUGGAGCGCUACCUAUCCAUCGGGCACCCCUACUUCUAUCAGCGCCGAGUCACCCGUCGCGGGGGUCUGGUCGUGUUGCCUGCCAUCUACGGCAUCUCCCUGCUCUUCUGCGCACUGCCACUGCUGGACUAUGGAGAAUACGUGCAGUACUGCCCGGGGACUUGGUGCUUCAUCCGGCAUGGGCGUUCCGCGUACCUGCAGCUCUACGCCACCCUGUUGCUGCUGCUUAUCGUUGCCGUGCUCGCCUGUAACCUUAGUGUCAUCUCCAACCUCAUCCGCAUGCAUCGCCGCGCCAGGAGGAGCCGCUGCGGACCGGCUGCCGGCAGUGGCCGGGGCGGCCUCGGGAUGCGCAGGAGAGGUGAGAGGGUAUCGGUGGCGGAGGAGACGGACCACCUGAUUCUCCUGGCUAUCAUGACCAUCACCUUCGCCGUGUGCUCUUUACCCUUCACGAUUUUUGCUUAUAUGAAUGAAACUUCUUCCCGAAAGGAAAAGUGGGACCUCCUUGCACUGAGGUUCUUAUCAGUUAACUCAAUAAUUGACCCUUGGGUCUUCGCUAUCCUCAGGCCUUCUGUUCUGAGACUAAUGCGUUCAGUCCUCUGCUGUCGGACAUCCCUAAGAACGCAAGAUGCGAUGCAAACUUCCUGUUCCACGCAGUCAAAUGCCACUAAACAGACUGACCUUUGCAGAAAGUAGUGAAGGCGUGUUUAGUCCUUCAGCAUCUGGAAGAUCGUUUUUGAAAGGGCUCCUUGGAGAAAUGUGAAAAGCUGGUGUGUAAACAAAACGAAGCUGCCCCAAUAAAAAGGAAUACACAGACACUGACGUGGUGGAUCGGCCUACAGACAUGCUGACAGGGGUCUUCAGGGAAGGUGUCAGAAGAAUUUACGAAACCUUUUCUCAAGGAGCCAGUUACACGGCCUUUGGAAGAGAAAGCAGUGGCCUUUAAGAUCCCGUGGCCUUUUGAUUUCAGCUUUCCUGUUGAAUGACCAAGCAUGUGGUUUUGUAAUUUGUUUAAUCCUCUAAAUAGUCAUUGCCUUUUCUAUUUUAAUCUGCCAUGCUACUACUGUUCUGAACAAACAUUCAGUGUACAGUGAGACCAAAGGAAACUCCCUGUGUAUUCUCUAGGAAGUCACCCUGUGGGAGCAGCGAGGCCAUUGGAGCUGGACAAGUUGUCGCCUGGGGAGGGCUUCCUGGACCCUCUCCUUGGACUGCGGAGUGGACAGUGGCUGUAGUGUUCAGCUGGGUGGGUGUCCCCUCCCAUCACUGCAUUGCUCCUGGUGCAGUUGCACACACAGGUGGUUCAUGUCAGUUUUGCUCACUUGUCUUUCAGGGGUUAUGUGUCAAACACUCAGGUUAUUUAUUUUGUAAGGUCCAUUGUGUUCCCAGAAAGCAAGACUUCAGCACUUCUUCUCUUAAAAGGAAAUAAAUAGAAAGGUUGCUUAGAGAGUUAAUUCUGAUUAAUACUCUUCAUGCUAUUUGAGAUAAUUCUGAUUAAUCUUCUCUCUAUAUACAUAUUUAUAGCUAUAUCUGAAACCCAAUGUUAGGGUUAAAAACUGAAAAAGUUGGUUCAUUAUUCAGCUAAACUGGAACUUGUGUAAUGUUGAAAUAGGGGCUGUGACUACAUACUUUUUAAGAUGUCUGCUAUAGUGAAAUUAAUUUGUCCAUAUUUUUAUUUAGAGUACAUGGUUUGACUAAUAUUAUAUAGAAGUCAUGUAACAAUGAGUCACAGCUUAACAUAUUUCAAAAUGUUUGGCAUGGUGUAAACUCACCAUCAAAAUAUUUCAAGUAAAUUUGCACUGUUUAGUCAUAGUUACUAUGUAAACUCAUCCUAAAUAUAACAAAAAAUAAACUGCAAAAUAAAAAUUUGGAAAAGGAACAGUAUUUGAAAGGCUCCAAAUGCUUUCUAAGUAGUGUACAUGUAGUAUCUUUUCAAUGAUCUAAAAUGGGGGAA